UACAUUCCGGAAAUAUGGCGCCCGAAUGAAGGACGCUGAGUGUGAGUGUCUGCCAGAUCUGUCGUGUUUCGCACAUAUUCGCACAGCCGGUCCGACGAGGUCGGCUCGCCCGUACGCAGAAUGAGUAAUAUGUCGCCGUUUGGUGGCGGCAAGAACCCACCUUGGGUCCGCAAUGCAGGACAAAAUAUACAAAAUAUCCAACAACAAAUGUUGGGCCAAGCCAUGGGCAGUAUCGGAGCUCAGCCUAUGGUGCAGUAUCAACAGCAAACCCAACAAGUCUACCAACAGAGUCUAGGAUUGCAGCAACCCAACAUUACCAUGGCAUCCAUGGCAACUCUCGGCUCAAAUUUACCAUCGGGUAUAGCAGGACAACUAUAUCCUCAAGUCGCUACAGUUUCUUACCCAACCCCACGGGCAUUAAACACAAACGCUUUUCAACCCUCUGUAGCCGGUGUUCCACAACAGGUACAACAGAACGUACCUUCGUCAUCGACAAAACAGAGAGUUUUCACGGGUACUGUUACUAAAGUACACGAUAACUUUGGCUUUGUAGAUGAAGAUGUAUUUUUUCAAACUAGUGCGUGCGUAAAGGGAUCUAAUCCCGUUGUAGGAGAUCGUGUGCUUGUAGAAGCGUCGUACAAUCCUUCAAUGCCGUUUAAAUGGAAUGCCACUAGAAUACAAGUGCUGCCCAUGGGUAAUAAUAGCAACAGUGCAAACACUCAGCAAACUAAUCAGCCAAACCGUCAGCAACAGCAGCAACAGCAACAGCCAAAUAGGACAUCAGGCACUUACAAUGCUGUACCUCCUCCCACAGAAAAUCCUAAUAACAGUAGGUUUACAUCAAGUACAACAAAUUCCAAUUCUACCAGCAACCGUAACAAAGUCAGUAGAGUGCGAGAAAGAUCUCCUCGUGAACGGAGAAAUGACGACGAGGAAAUAGAAAGAAAAAGGCGUCGCGAAGAGAGAAUAAGAGAACGCGAGAAGAAGGAGGAUCGAAGCCCGUCGAGGACUAGGAGAAGCAAAUCGCCAAGACCACGCCGGCGUACGCGAGUCGUGCCGCGUUACAUGGUGCAAAUACCGAAAAUUGCACUUGAUUUGCCUGAAGCAGAUGUUCUUGAAAUAAGAAGACGCUAUCAAAAUAUGUACAUUCCUAGCGACUUCUUUUCCACUAACUUCAGAUGGGUCGAUGCCUUUCCACCGCAUAUGCCAUUUACUCUUAAUAAACCGUGCUCCUUCCAUGUUAUGCAUAAAGACGUCGAUCCGUGUAAUGAAAAUACAGCAGUACUUGAACCAUCGGAUGCUGAUUAUCUGUUUUCUGCGAAGGUCAUGCUCAUAUCCAUGCCCGCCAUGGAAGAGAUAUACAAAAGAUGUUGUGGUGUUUCCGAAGACAGAGAUCCCGAUCGUGAUUAUGUUCAUCCUACACGCCUUAUAAAUUUCUUAGUAGGCUUACGAGGCAAAAACGAGACAAUGGCCAUAGGUGGCCCAUGGAGUCCUUCGUUAGACGGUCCUAAUCCUGAAAAGGAUCCGUCUGUGUUAAUUAGGACGGCUGUGAGGACCUGUAAAGCACUUACCGGCAUAGAUUUGUCCAGUUGCACUCAGUGGUACCGCUUCCUGGAACUCUACUACAGACGCGCAGAAACGACCCACAAGUCCGGGCGAGUGGUACCCUCUCGCGUUGAAACCGUCAUACUAUUUCUCCCAGAUGUUUGGAGCUGUGUACCUACCAGAUUGGAAUGGGACGGGCUGCAACUCAACUAUAAGAAACAACUGGAGCGAAAGUUGCUGCGUGCUGCCUCUAAUCCCGACGAUUUGGACGCUGCCAAUGAAACUGAUGAGGCUGCCGCCGCUGAUCAAAAGGACGAUUCGAUGCCUGAGAAAAAGGAUCCCACGCACUAUUCCGAGCUAGAUCCCAAAUCGAUGAAUGUGAACGAAUUACGUCAAGAACUGGCAGCUCGUAAUUUAAGCUCGAAAGGCUUAAAGUCACAAUUGUUAGCUAGACUUUUAAAGGCUGUAAAGUCCGAGCAAGCCAAAGAAGAAGGUCGGCAAGACGAGGCGGAUGAAAACGAAGAAGACGUCCCGCCGUCAAAGGAAGAAGAAGAUAAAAAAUUCAGAGAUAAUAAAGAUCAUGAUGAAGAUAAGAGAAAACUUUAUGAACGUGAACGUACUGUACUCGAAAAGAGGUAUACCUUGCCCGAUUCAUCGCACAUUAUUGUUCAUCCCUCUAGAAUGGCCAAGAGUGGAAAAUUUGACUGUACAGUUAUGUCCUUGAGUGUGUUAUUGGAUUACAGACCAGAAGAUACCAAGGAACAUUCUUUUGAAGUAUCUCUCUUUGCGGAACUAUUCAACGAAAUGUUAAUGCGGGAUUUUGGUUUUCGCAUAUAUCGUUCGUUAUCUAGUCUCCCUGAAAAAACUAAGGAAAAGGACGAAGAUAAGAAGAAAGAUAAGAAAGAUGAUAAGAGAGAUGAUAAGAAAGACGACAAGAGGAAGGAAGAUGAGAAGAAAUCUAAUAAGAAGGAUGAAAAACGAGACGAUAAGAAAAGAGAAGAAGCCAAGGAUAAGAAGGAUGACAAAGAUGCAAAAUGUAAAGUAGACGACAAAGACAGAGAAAAGGAGAAAAAUGACGAUGAAGAAGAAGAUGAAGAUGAUGAAUCAGAUGAUGAUGAUUCUGUAAAAGACGGUAGGAGGGACAGGGAUAAAGACGGAAAGAAAAGGAAAACAAAAUUAUAUACACAUGAUCCUUACCUUUUACUCUCUUUUGUAUAUUUCGAUCAGACGCAUUGUGGAUAUAUAUUUGAUAAGGAUAUUGAAGAACUUAUUUAUACUCUCGGAUUGAAUUUGUCAAGAGCUCAAGUACGGAAAUUAGUACAAAAAGUCGUUACAAGAGAUUCUCUGCAUUAUCGAAAAUUAACAGACAAAUCAAAAGAGGAUGACUUAAAGGAUGAGAAGAAAGACGAUAGAGAAAGCGACAAAGGUGAAUCAGCUAAAGGAGAGAACGAGGAGGAUAUAUUGCGUUCGCUUGCUCUCGGAAAUAAAAAAUUAUUACCUGUAUUUGUGGGUAGCGGACCGCCCUCAAAAAGAGCGCGAAGAGAAGAUUGUAUCUUAGAAAAAGCUAACGAAGAAACGAUUCCGGAAGGUAUCGUUAUGUACAAAGGCUCUUUAUUAGAUGUAGAAAAACUUGUCAGUCAGUUGAAAAGAUCUGAGAAAGCACGUUUAGAUACCGAGGAUCGUAUGAUGGAAUUGCAGCACGAACUAACUGUAGUCAACGAGAAAUCGAUAAAACAAACUAAUAGUAUUAAAGGUCUUUCUGAAGACUUGAAAAUGUACAAAGAUAAAUUACGGAGCUCAGAUGAAAAGCUCAAGAAAACUUCUACGGAUUGCCAUACUUACUUGACUGCGAUAAAGAAUAUGUACCAUGUAGCGACCAAAGCGUUGCAGAGUGAGAGAAAAGUAGAGGUAGUAGAAAUUCAAGAUGAAAAAGUUAGUGGAGAGAUAAACGGCUCCGAGAUGGAAAGUAAAUUUAAAACUGAUACCAGGUGGGGAGAUAACAAAGUCCAAGUGAAAAAGGAACCCAUCGAUGUAGACAAGGAUAAAAAAUCUGACAAUAAAACUUCUGUCAAGAGAGAAAUUGUCGAGGCGGAUAAGGAGAAGAAAUAAUUACAUUAGCUAUUUAUCAUAAUAUAGACACAUACGCACCAACACGAAUAAAAAAAGUUAAUCUUAUUUCACAAAUACGUGUGUGCAUGCACGUAUGCUGUUAGUGAUUAAAAAAAAGAAAAAUAAAACAGAUGCAAGUAUCAAGUGGUUUAUCCAACACCAAAAUUAAGUGAUUGGGACUCGAUUUUGUAACUUUUUUCACUCGAGUGAUAAUAUAUUGUGGCAUCUUCAGUAAUAAAAAAAAAAGAGAAGCACUUCAAUCAUGCAUAACAAUUCAUAGGGCUGUCGUUAAAAUAUCUUACGCAAUUUUUUGCAUUAUUCAAAAUAAAUAGAUAAAUUUUAAAAAGGGCUUAUAAAGUACCAUUGAUCUGCCAUUAAGUGCCAGAUAUUGAUACACCGAUAUUUAUCAUUAUAGAUUCAAAAGUAUGUCAACAUUAUAGUUAUUUAACUCAAAUAAAAAGAUUUUUACUGGAAAUAAUAGUACACAAACAUGAAAAAGAUUGCGUUUUAUUAUUUUACUGCGUAUCAUUAUUUCACUGCUUGUUCAUCUUAC